AUGGCUAUAACGUUGCGAUCUUUUGACGGUAUAUAUCUAAAGAUGAAUCUUUCGAUGAUUCGAUUAUUCGCUUUGAAGGAUUGUGGACUUUGCGACGCUGUCUGUGACAAGUUGAAGCAUAAGUUAUAUGUUAGGGGAAGUGACAUUCUUUCUCAGGAUCAUCUUGUUGAAAAAAUCAUCUUUGUAGUGCGGGGUAAACUAGAAAGCAUCAGUGCAGAUGGAAGCAAGUCUCCAUUACAUGAAGGAGCUGUGUGUGGGGAAGAGCUGCUUAUGUGGUGGUUGGAAUCGUCCAAAUUUCUAUCAGAUGGGGAGAGGAUGAAGCUGCACUGGAAGGCAAUACGUACGAUCAGAUGCCUAACAAAUGUUGAAGCUUUUGUGCUACAGUUCACCGAUUUGGAAAGAAUCACUCUGGAGUUUUCAACAGUAUUGCAAAAUCCACGUGUUAUUGCGGCAAUCAGGUAUGACUCACCGUCCUGGAGGACCGCUGCAGCAAUCCAUAUCCAUGUCGUGUGGAGGCACCGUCAGAGGCAACUGAAGGGAGCUGCACUGUUGCAAGGUUUUGCUGCUAUGCUGGGAAGUUUCACAAGGAAAAGAGAAUCAAAUGUAUAUGCAAUCGAAGAUCCACAUGUAAAUUUCCAGAGGCCCUAUCAGCACAAUCUCGUGGUGCCAGGAAUGCUGCUGCUUAAUACAAUGUCGUGA